GCGAACUUUUUGUUGAAGAGGAGGCUUUCGCUUAGCAACGUCUUGUUUGACUCCUCCCUUAGUAACGGAGGAUAGAAGCAGAGAAGCCACCAUGGCUCAGGGAGCGGAGGGAGCGUUCGUCCUGCACGGGAGGAAAGCAGUGCUCAGAGAGAAGCCAUAUGAAUUCCUAAGCAAUACGCAGAAGACGACAAGCAGCCAUAAUCUUAGCUUUCAAGAGUCUGCUAACAAUCGUAGAUUACAUGGGAGCCGAGGGGAAGGACGCACAUUUCCCGAUGAAUUAAAUGGUAACACACUGUCUUCAUAUACCAAAGAGAAUAUCACCAUCGAUGACUUGGAGGAAAAUUUGAGGAAACUCCAGGUACAGGUGGAUAGUUUGGCUUCUAGUCUGAAUUUUGAAAGCAAGAGAUCAAACUCCAGUAUCCAUGAGUGGCCAAAUAAAAUGGAUGACUCCUUGCAUAAAGGUACCAGUGAUCCUACUGUAGCAUCAGACUGGUUUUUAGAGUCAAAUCAUCUCAACAAGCCACAUGAGAUGUUUUCUACAGUACAGAGUUCUGGGCUACCAACAUUUUCGAAGUUAUCAAUAAGCCGCCCAGCUGUCAUUGAUCCAUUUUCAGAGUUGAAUUCCACAUCUUCAUCUUUGACCCCUUCAGACAUUGCUUACAGAGAAUCCAUCCCUGUGAAGCUUGGUGCUCCUCAUAUUGUUGGAGUCAAGUCUUUAUUACCCCCCAAGAUCGCUGUACGUUCUGGUUCUCCAGAAAGAACUAGAGUUUCUACAGCAAGAGGAAGAUCUCAGUCCCCAGACCGUUCUCAUUCAUUUUCCCCUGCCUCAAAGAAAACCAGAUGGCUGAGAUCAAGUUCUCAAUCGCCAAAGCCCAUCUGGAGGCCAAACUCUGCCAAAACUAAUGCCUGUGCUCAACCUCCACCAAGAAUGAAAUCCAGUGGGAAGACAUCAUCUUCCAAUAGGCAGUCACGCUCACGGUUCUACAGACCAGGAACUUUGGUCACAAGGUCCUUCACUCCUCCGAGGAAGAUGAGAAGCAAUCUGAGCUAUUCGUGGUCUCCGUACAGCAUCCCAUCAUCUGCAAUAUCGGCACCUACUGCAGAAGAGAUCAGUAAUAGAUUCUUGAAGACACUGGCAGGGGCCGAUGUGGGGAUUUCUGUCGUGGAAGCUUCUCCGUACCAGCAGGAGCUCACUCGGUUACGACUGGAGCGGCUCCGCGUGGAGGAGGAAUUGUUACUGGAGAUUAAAAGGCAGCAGGAGCUGGAAAGGACCCGAGGACCAAAGCCAAAGUGGUAUGAGAUGAAGAACGCGCAGUUCCAUUAUGAAGCUCGGAAGAAUAAUGAGCUUCUGAAGACCAGUAAGGAUUACCAAUCAAUCUUCAAUUACCGUCAGGAUCUCUCUGCCUCAUCCAAGGAUUUUCAGGAGCACUUUAAGAUUUCACACUUGGAGCCGGUAUAAAUCGCCCCUCUGCUUGCAUAAUGUGAUGCGUUUCCCAUGCCUUUGGUAAUGAGGCAGUGUGCAAAUAUAUACUGUAGGUGUGUUAAA